GUCACUUUAGUGUCAUUGGCAUACAUUGUUGCAAUCAGCUUUGGAUCCAUCCGUCCGGUCGGUUAAAGCAGAAAUGAAGGGGCUGAUAAUAAUUUUACUUUCUAUUAACUUUACAGCAUCUUUCAUCAGGAUUCCUUUAACCCGCUUCAAGACGAUAAGAAACAUCCUAAAAGAACGUAACAAACUUGAAGACUUUCUAGUGCACCACAAUUCAAGUACAUUCACCCACAAAUACAGGAGCUGCUAUCCUUCUGAAUUCUUAAUGGUAAAAGAUGCUGGUGUCACCUCUGAGCCUUUAUCAAAUUACAUGGAUGCCCAAUAUUAUGGAGAGAUCAGUAUUGGAACCCCACCUCAGAUGUUUACUGUAGUGUUUGACACUGGCUCGUCUAAUCUCUGGGUGCCUUCUGCCUACUGCAUCAGCGAGGCAUGCAAACCACAUCAGCACUUUCGUUCAUUCUUCUCAUCAUCAUAUUCUCCCCGAGGAAACACUUUUUCAAUACGAUAUGGCACUGGGCAACUUGUAGGAGUGUUGGGUAAAGAUAAAGUGAGAGUCGGAAAUAUGGUUGUGCAAGGCCAGGAAUUUGGUGAAUCAGUUUAUGAGCCUGGUUCGACCUUUACUCUGGCAAAAUUUGAUGGAAUUUUAGGUUUAGGAUAUCCAUCUUUAGCUGAAGGUGGAGCCAUUCCAGUGUUUGACAGAAUGAUGCACCAGGGUCUGUUGGAAGAACCCGUAUUUUCUGUCCGACUCAACAGAGAAGUGGACAGUGAUGAUGGUGGUGAGUUGUUGCUUGGAGGCAUUGACCACACCCAGUACACAGGGCAGAUUAACUGGGUCAAUGUCACAAAGAAGGGUUACUGGCAAAUACGACUGGAAAAAAUAACAUUUCACAACACUGUCCUGUGUCACAAUGGCUGUUCUGCAAUAGUUGACACUGGAACCUCUUUGAUAGCUGGCCCUUACAAGGCAAUAAAAGAAAUGUUCCAUAACUUUGCCGACUCUCAGAUUGGCAUGGGCGAGUAUGUUAUAGAAUGCAAAAAAAUGAUCAAACUGCCAAAUGUGACAUUCACAAUUGGAGGGAUCAAAUAUACAUUGGAAGCAGAAGACUAUAUUAAAAAGAUUGAAGAAGAAAACCCAGUGUGCCUGUAUGGAUUCCAAGCAGUAUAUAUAUUUUCUUCUAAUGAACCCAUGUGGAUUCUGGGAGAUGUUUUCCUUGCAAAAUUCUACACAAUUUUUGACCGGGGAAAUGACAGAGUGGGAUUUGCGAAAUCUCGUCACAUAUUGAACAAUCGUGAGGAUGUGGAAGACUGAAACAUGAGGAGUGAACUGUUCCUAGUUUUAUAGACUUGCCCUUAAUGGUUCAGUAUUAUUCAAUGCUACAAGCAUUUUUUAACUGGAAGGUCGGGACUCUAUAUUUCACGGAAAUAAAUUCCAACUCUUGACACCUUCAAAAA